AUGGCUCUACGAGAGAGAAUUAAACCAAAGCAACCUGGGGAUGGCAGCGAACUCAAGGAAACUGAGAGUAAACCUAAAAGUGCUGGAUUGGGAGCGGAUCGCCCCAAAAUUUUGUUCCUAUUCUUCUUAUACCUUAUACAGGGUAUCAUUUUAGGAAUAUGCUCGAGCCUUCCACUUAUUUUGAAAGAAUACAACGUCUCUUACAAAGGCUUAGCUACACUGAGUUUAAUAGGUUGGCCUUUUAGCGUCAAACUUCUCUGGGCACCUGUAGUUGAUGCCAUUUAUAUACCAAACAUCGGGCGUCGGAAGUCAUGGCUAGUGCCGACUCAAUAUUUAAUCGGCGUGUUGAUGCUAGUAAUAGCCUGGAGUGUAGAUGAUUGGCUUGGAGAAAAAAAAUCCAAGAUUGGUCCUAACCUGAUGGCUAUUACCUUCACGUUCUUCUGGUUGAAGGUGUUAGUAGCAACUCAGGAUAUUGCAGUUGAUGGCUGGGCUCUCACCAUGCUCUCGAAGAGGAAUGUUGGGUACCAGUCUACGUGCAACACUAUGGGACAACGUGCCGGCGUCUUUUUAGGCAACGCUGUGUUUCUAGCUCUCCAGUCUGCUAACUUCUGUAAUAGGUACAUUCGAUCGCAGCCUUCUGAUACGGGGAUUCUUACUCUAUCAAGCCUUCUCUUUUUCUGGGGAUGCGUGUUCGUUGUUACUACAACUUUUGUUUUGAUUUUUAUCCAUGAGCGCAAUGAAUCAGGAGAACUUGGAUCAAUUGAAGGCGUAUUAGGAACGUACACACAACUUUUACGUAUUUUCAAACUUAGAAAGAUUCAAGAAUACGCAUUUUUAUGCAUCACAGUAAAGGUUGGAUUUGCCGCCGCUGAGGGAAUAUCGGUCCUGAAGUUAGUUGAAGCAGGUGUGCCGAAAGAAAACAUAUCAUUACUACAAGUGCCGUUGCAGAUGUUUGCCCUCGUGCUACCUCUGCUCAUUGCAAAGUUCACUACUCCGAUUAAUUCACUGGACGUAAUGCUGAAGUCGAUGCCAUACCGGUUGAUGAUUGGCUUGAUAUUUAUGUUGAUCGUCUGGUGGGCACCAUCUGUGCGGCUUAAUGAUGGUGAAUUUCCAUAUUACUUCUACACGGCACUGUUUCUCAGCCAGACGAUACAUUUAAUUACUGUUACUGCCAUGUUCAGUUCCUUCGUGACGUUCCAUAUAAAGAUCAGUGAUCCUCUGAUUGGUGGAACCUACCUCACUCUGCUAAGUACCGUCCUAAAUUUAGGAAGCCAAUGGCCAACUACUGUUGCACUGUAUUCUCUUGACUUUUUGACCUUCACCUCAUGUCAUGGGGUUACUUCAGAUCGAAGGUACAACUGUUUGGAUGUGAAUGACGUUAAUGCUUGUUUGGAAAUUGGCGGCACAUGCAAGACAGAUAUUGACGGAUUCUAUAUUGAGUGUAUCAUUUGUACUCUAAUUGGUUUUGUAUGGCUUCGAAUAAUGUCAGCGAAAAUACGACACCUGCAGAACGUACAUGUGUCAAAAUGGAGGGUCUCCCAUUGACUUAAAAAAACUCUGUCAUUAUCAGUACUGUUAUUAGGCCUACUUUGGUAAUUACUACCUACAUACAUAUU